CCCAUGAAACCUGGGAGGCUGAGAAGCUGUUUCGCUCUCUCUAUUGUCUGUGUGCUUGUCAUCUCUAUUUAUAUCCUGCUUCUUGUAUUUCCAUUUUUCAUCAACCACUUGUGCAACAAACAUACUUUCCAUUCAAACAAAACACCUACUUCAUCUAAGUAUUAAAUAUCUACAAGAUCAUUUAAUUAUGAGUUUCAGAAGCAGAGCAUGGAUGGUGGCCGGAGCUGUCGGAGUGGUUGAAGCCCUCAAAGAUCAAGGCUUUGCACGAUGGAACACCACCAUCAGGACCAUCCACCACCACGCCAAGUCCAAUCUCCGAUCAAUCGCCCAGGCCAAAAUCUUGACUUCGCCGGCGGCUAUGGCUUCUAGCAGAGACGUGGAAGAGAAGGCGAAACAAUCAGAAGAAUCAUUGAGAAAAGUAAUGUACUUGAGCUGUUGGGGUCCAAAUUAAUCUAUGAAUGCGUGAAAGGUUAUACAUCGAGAUUCUGGAUCUAGAUUCGAAGUGUCUGGAGAUAUUUCAAACAAACCAGUAGAUGAAGGGUUUAGUCGGUGGAAUUGCAGCACCCAACACCAUGAGAUCGACGUACAAACUUGCGAUAAAUUUGAGUCCACAUCGCCAUUUGUUUGAUGAGUUCGAGUUUGUAUUUGUUAACAUCGAAACUCUAUAGAAAGGCGGAUAGGAAUAUAUUGUUGAGAGAUGCUUUUGAUGUAAACACUUACCCUCUUUUCCACAAGUACAAAUACACUACUAGUUUAUGAGUUAUCAUAUA